CGUUCGGAUAGAUAGUGCCCAUCAAGAAUCAGUGAAACAGAAAAAUUAUUUUGUGGCAACAAGUGUGCACACACAGGUUUAUUAUUGUGCUACGGAACGCUUAUCGUAGGAAAACAAUUACCGUGAAUCGUAUCAUUAUCAUUGAUACUAGGUUUAAGUGCCACUAAACCAGACUGCAGAAUGCCUUCGUCCGAUAGAGAGGAUGCAAUCCUGAACGAAUUUCGAGAUCAACAGGCAUUGAUUUUUUUCGUCAAUGGAAAGAAGGUGGUUGAUCCCAACCCGGAUCCGGAAUGUACCCUGCUGACAUACCUGCGCGACAAAUUGCGCCUCUGCGGUACCAAGCUGGGCUGUGCCGAGGGUGGUUGCGGUGCGUGUACCGUGAUGAUUUCGAAAAUCGAUCGAAAAACCGGAAACCGUAUCCUUCACGUGGCUGCUAACGCUUGCCUCACGCCGGUUUGCGGCGUACACGGGAUGUCGGUAACCACGGUGGAGGGCAUUGGAAGUACCCGAACUCGCCUGCAUCCGGUGCAGGAGAGGAUCGCCAAGGCACACGGAUCGCAGUGCGGUUUCUGUACGCCGGGAAUCGUUAUGUCUAUGUAUGCCCUGCUGCGCAGUUCGCCCGUACCGACGAUGAAAGAAUUGGAGGUUGCUUUCCAGGGCAAUCUGUGUCGGUGCACCGGCUAUCGGCCGAUCCUUGAAGGAUACAAAACUUUCACGCAGGAGUUUGGUGGCAUGCAAAAUGGUUCCUGCGCCAUGGGCGACAAAUGUUGUAGAAAUAUGAACGGAAAUGCUAACGGGUGUGCAACGGAAAUAGAUGAUAAAUUGUUUGAUGUCAGUGAAUUUACGCCGUUUGACCCGUCCCAGGAGCCGAUAUUUCCUCCGGAAUUGAAAUUGUCAAAUAAAUUGGACGACGAAGCGUUGGUGUUUCGAUCGAAGACAACUGGCUGGUAUCGACCAACAAGACUUGAUCAGUUGCUAGCUCUUAAGAAGAAGCAUCCGGAUGCGAAGAUCAUUGUUGGUAAUACCGAGGUGGGUGUUGAGGUUAAGUUCAAGCAUUUUGAGUACCCGGUUCUGGCCAAUCCGACUCAGAUUGCCGAAAUGACACGCAUCGAUAAAUUGACCGACGGUUUAAGGGUUGGAUCGUCUGUGACGCUCAUGGAGAUGGAACGUGUUAUGAAGGAGGAAAUCGCAACUCGGCCGGAAUGCGAAACCCGACUGUACCGGGCGAUCGUGGAUAUGUUGCAUUAUUUUGCGGGAAAACAAAUCAGAAAUGUGGCUUCGGUUGGUGGAAAUAUCAUGACCGGUAGUCCAAUUUCGGACCUCAAUCCUAUUUUUACUGCUGCGGGAAUACAGUUGGAAGUAGCUAGUUUGGAUGGUGGAUACCGAAAGGUACACAUGGGAGACGGGUUCUUUACUGGUUAUCGCAAAAACACAAUUCGGCCGGAUGAAAUAUUGGUGUCUAUUUUCGUUCCGAAAACGAACAAAAACCAUCACUUUGUAGCUUUCAAGCAGGCAAAGCGUCGUGACGACGAUAUUGCUAUCGUGAAUGGAGCUUUCAAUGUAUUGUUCAAACCGGAAACGGAUAUCGUAGAACAAAUUCAUAUGGCUUUCGGUGGUAUGGCACCAACGACGGUGCUUGCUAAGAAAACAGCCCAAUCUAUGAUUGAACAGAAAUGGAACAGCGAGUUAGUGGAAAAGGCUAACACCUUGCUGGUAGACGAGCUUCCGUUGAGCCCGAGUGCUCCUGGAGGAAUGAUCCUCUAUCGCAGAUCAUUGACGUUGAGCUUGUUUUUCAAGGCAUAUCUUACCAUAAGCGAGGCUUUAUCGAAACAGUUCCCUAGUCGAGAGCCUAUUCCAGAUCGAGAGAAAAGUGGUGCUCACACUUUUCAUACUUUGAUUCCGAAAAGCACGCAAUUGUUCGAAAAAGUUUCCACCAAUCAACCCACAACCGAUCCAAUUCGAAGACCAAAGGUUCAUGCAUCGGCAUACAAACAAGUGACAGGAGAAGCGGUCUAUUGUGAUGAUAUUCCAAAAUACGGCAAUGAGUUGUAUCUGGCACUAGUGACCAGUACGAAGGCCCACGCCAAGAUACUCUCAAUCGAUCCGACGGAAGCGUUGGCCAUCGAAGGAGUUCAUCGAUUCUUCUCCGCGAAGGAUUUGACAGACGAACAGGGCAAAUGUGGACCCGUCUUCCAUGAUGAAUACGUCUUCUAUAACGAUUUAGUAACCAGCCAAGGACAGAUAAUAGGUGCCAUUGUGGCGGACAGUCAAACUAUCGCACAGAAAGCCGCUCGUAAAGUCAAAAUUAGUUACGAAGAACUGUCUCCAAUUAUUGUAACUAUCGAAGAUGCCAUCAAGAAGCAAUCGUUUUAUCCCGGAUAUCCUAAGCAAAUUGCACAGGGUAACAUCGACGAGGGAUUCCGGCAAGCUGUUCAUGUUGUGGAAGGAGACUGCCGAAUGGGUGGUCAGGAGCACUUCUAUCUGGAAACCCAAGCGUGUGUCGCUGUUCCUAAGGAUUCCGACGAAAUCGAAGUGUUCAGUUCUUCGCAGCAUCCAACCGAGAUACAGCAGCACGUGGCUCAUGCUCUGGGAAUACCAUCGUGCAAGGUGGUAUCUCGGGUGAAGAGAUUAGGAGGUGGUUUCGGCGGAAAAGAAUCACGAGCUGCGAUGCUCGCUGUUCCGGUCGCGUUGGCAGCUUAUACGCUCCGUCGUCCCGUUCGCUGUAUGUUAGAUCGUGACGAAGAUAUGGCCAUAACCGGAACUCGUCAUCCAUUUUACUUUACCUAUAAAGUCGGUGCAGAUAAGGACGGUCGCUUGCUGGCUGGUGAUUUCACAGCAUACAACAACGCAGGUUAUUCGAUGGAUUUGUCAUUUUCGGUUCUCGAACGUGCUAUGUUCCAUAUUCAAAAUGCUUACAAGUUUCCGAACUUGCGGGUUCAAGGAUGGGUUUGCAAGACUAAUCUGCCUUCAAAUACGGCUUUCCGUGGUUUCGGAGGACCUCAAGGCAUGUUAGCCGCUGAAACCAUGAUGCGACACUUGGCUAGGAACUUAAAACGGGACUAUAUCGAACUGGCUGAGCUAAAUAUGUACCAGGAAGGGGACAAAACUCACUACAACGAACCCAUCGUAAACUGCAACGUACGAAGAUGUUGGACCGAAGUGAUCCAGUCAUCAAACUUCCACAAAAAGCGAACCGAAAUCGAGCAGUUCAACAGACAACACCGAUGGAGAAAGCGAGGCAUCGACAUUGUGCCUACGAUGUUCGGAAUAGCCUUCACAGCUCUCCAUUUGAAUCAAUCUGGUGCGCUAAUCCAUGUGUAUCAGGACGGAGCGGUUCUUCUGUCGCAUGGUGGAACAGAAAUGGGUCAAGGAUUACACACCAAAAUGAUUCAGGUUGCGGCAGCGACACUGAAAAUACCAUUCGAAAAGAUACACAUUUCGGAAACCUCCACGGAUAAAGUCCCAAAUACGCCGCCAACGGCGGCCAGCGCUGGAUCGGAUUUAAACGGAAUGGCUGUUAUGAAUGCCUGCAAAAUCAUUUACGAUCGUUUGGAACCCUACAGAAAGCAGUACCCUGAUGGAGAUUGGAAUACCUGGGUUAACAAAGCUUACUUCGAUCGAGUAUCGUUGUCAGCGACUGGAUUCUACGCCACACCCGACAUUGGCUACGACUUUGCCACAAACUCUGGAAAUCCAUUCAAUUAUUUCACCUUUGGAGCUGCAUGCACCGAAGUAGAGAUCGACUGUUUAACGGGAGACCAUCAGGUGAUACGUACUGACAUUGUCAUGGAUCUUGGAUCUAGCCUCAACCCCGCCAUUGACAUCGGACAAAUCGAGGGAGGCUUCAUGCAGGGUUACGGUCUCUUUACGCUGGAGGAAAUGGUGUACUCUCCAACGGGAACGGUUUACUCCCGAGGGCCGGGAGUGUACAAAAUUCCCGGUUUUGCCGAUAUUCCCGGCGAAUUCAACGUAUCGCUGAUGACUGGAGCACCGAAUCCCAGAGCGGUCUAUUCUUCGAAAGCCGUUGGCGAGCCUCCACUGUUUUUGGCAUCGUCUGCUUUCUUUGCCAUCCGGCAGGCCAUCUCCGCCGCACGAAAGGAGGAAAAGCUAAGCGACGAUUUCAAUUUGGUUUCACCGGCGACCUCGUCCAGGAUCCGGCUAGCGUGUCAGGAUAGCAUCACGGUGAAGUUUAAGGAAACAGAACCAGGAUCGUUUACACCGUGGAACGUGAUGCCUUGAAUUGGUAAAUUGAACAGAAAGUGACAGAAGUGGCGCCUUGCUACGUGAAUUAUUCUACUUUGAGUUGAAUAUGAAUGUUAUAAUACUAUUAUGGGU